AUUAGGCGCGCGCUGUGAUGACGCCACGACGCUGACGCUUGAGAAUGGCGGUGUCGGCGGCGGCCGUGGCCGCAGUCCUGGGACGGUCAGCAGAGUCGCCGAGACGCCGAAGAGCCCGCCGCCUGUGUGAGGUAUAGACGGGGCACUGCCUGCAGAGCAGGUCCUGCCAGCCUCGCUGGAGAGGAUGCCUGCACCUCCGUGAUGGGCUGUGGGACAAGCAAGGUCCUUCCUGAGCCGCCCAAGGAUGUCCAACUGGAUCUGGUCAAGAAAGUGGAGCCCUUCAGUGGCACUAAGAAUGAUGUCUACAAGCAUUUCAUCACAGAGAUGGACAGUGUUGGCCCUCUCAAAGCUGGGUUCUCAGCAGCCAGUCAGUAUGCACACCCCUGCCCUGGGGUUCCCACUCCCGGAUACAUAGAUCCUCCAUCAGAACCACCACGCAGAGCCAGGGUUGCUAAGUACCGGGCCAAGUUUGACCCACGUGUGACAGCUAAAUAUGACAUCAAGGCCCUGAUUGGCCGAGGUAGCUUCAGCCGGGUCGUACGCGUGGAGCACCGGGCAACCCGGCAGCCAUAUGCCAUCAAGAUGAUUGAGACCAAGUACCGGGAGGGCCGGGAGGUGUGUGAGUCAGAGCUGCGUGUGCUACGCCGAGUGCGCCAUGCCAACAUUAUUCAGCUAGUGGAGGUAUUUGAGACCCAGGAGCGAGUGUACAUGGUGAUGGAGUUGGCUACUGGGGGUGAGCUCUUUGACCGCAUCAUUGCCAAGGGCUCCUUCACUGAGCGUGACGCCACAAGGGUGCUGCAGAUGGUGCUGGAUGGCGUUCGCUAUCUACACGCACUGGGCAUUACCCACCGAGACCUCAAGCCUGAGAAUCUGCUGUACUACCACCCAGGCACCGACUCCAAGAUCAUCAUCACUGACUUUGGCCUGGCCAGUGCCCGCAAGAAGGGCGAUGACUGCCUAAUGAAGACCACCUGCGGCACCCCUGAGUACAUUGCCCCCGAGGUCCUGGUCCGCAAGCCCUAUACCAACUCAGUGGACAUGUGGGCACUGGGCGUCAUUGCUUAUAUUUUGCUGAGCGGCACCAUGCCCUUUGAGGAUGACAACCGCACCCGGCUGUAUCGGCAGAUCCUCAGGGGCAAGUACAGUUACUUGGGGGAGCCCUGGCCCAGCGUGUCCAAUUUGGCCAAGGACUUCAUUGACCGCCUGCUUACUGUGGACCCUGGAGCCCGGAUGACUGCACUACAGGCCCUGAGGCAUCCAUGGGUGGUGAGCAUGGCAGCCUCUUCAUCCAUGAAGAACCUGCACCGCUCCAUCUCCCAGAACCUCCUCAAACGUGCCUCCUCGCGCUGCCAGAGCACCAAGUCUGCCCAGUCCACACGUUCCAGCCGCUCAACACGCUCCAACAAGUCACGCCGUGUGCGGGAGCGGGAGCUGCGGGAGCUCAACUUGCGCUACCAGCAGCAGUACAAUGGCUGAGCCACCUGGCUGUGGUACAAACAUGGCAUGUUCUCCACCUGGGCCAUCUGGGCCUGCUACCCCUUCUGGAGGUGGGCCUCUUGGGUCAGUGGCAGAUGAAAAACAUCUGGCCCCAUCCUUUCUCUGUGCCUUUGGCAGCCCCCUUCUCACCUUGGAGUUGACCUGGUGAAUCAGAAUGGAGGUGACCAGGGUCUGUGAUCCCGUGAACUGGGAGUCUGACCUGGCGCUGAAUCCGUUUUUGGGGGGCAACUGCUCUGGUGUGGGGUGGUGGAAGGGGCAGGGUCUGGCCUUCAUUGUUUCGCUGACCCUUAGGGUCUUCUCCAGACCAAAGAGGCCUGCAGUGCUGCGUGGAGGGUGUCCCAUGGCUCCCGGACCUUUUGAGAACAUACUUCUGGGAACUCUUUCCUCCCUGGCUGCCCACUCUCCAUUGCAUAUGGAUUCUCAGCAGUAUGACCCAGUAGAGGCUCAGGUAAAGCUGGUGCCUCGACUGAACCUCCAGCCAGAAUCUCUGUUCCUUCAGGAUUCCCCAGGGACCUCUGGAGGCAGGGCUGUGGCAUGGACCUGAGCCCUUCUGACUUGGUAUCCAUGCUGGUGGCAGGCUUGCCCCAUGCUCCAACCUCUGUGACCGUGAGAGGGCUCCUGCCCACCGUUCCCCAGUGCCUUAUUUGCAGAGCCCACCAUCAAUUCCUCUUGGAUGCCCAUUCCAUUCCCUGGGUGCCUCCUCCCAACUACGGGGGCUAAGGGAACCCCCUGCUGCUGCUACCUGGAGGAUGGGGGCACCUGGGCCAAGGUGGAGGGUAGGGGGAUCCCCUGGUAGGGUCCAGUUGUUUAUCCUGGUUCAAUCCUUUGGUUCUGCUGAUUGCCACUUUUCUUGAGGCACCACCCUUCUCUCCUCUGCAGCUACACAAAGGUGCCAUCUAGUGUCUGCGUUGGGUAUGGCCAGUCUGACCUGAAAACAAUCACAGCACACCUACUGCUCAAUCAGUCCUCCCAGAGGAAGAGGGCAGGAAGGUGUUGUGCAGAGGGAGGACCCCCAGGCUGCUCUGCUCUCCCCUCCUGCACACCUUUUCUUGGAACUUAGCCAAACUGUGUGACCUGCCUCUGAACCCUGAGCACUUAGGACUUGCCUUGCCCUGUCUACCCUGCACCCAUUUUCCUUUAUGGCAUCAAUUUCCAGUCUAGGCUGAAACUGAGACUGGAAGGAACCCCCUGUGGGAGGUGGGUGGGCUUGGGUGGCUGCUUUUCCAGAGGCCUGAGCCAGAACUCUCUCCAUCUGUCCCAUCUCCCCACCACCAAAGACUAGGCAGGAAGCCAAGCCCCUACCCUCCACAGCUGCUUUCAUGGGAAGGAGGGGGCAGGGCCCAGCUUUGGCCUUAGUCAUACUGUAGGGCUAAUGCUAGCAGGAUGGCUUGGCCCCCACUAGCUCCUCUGUGGGCAGUGUUGGGUGAGGCCCCCUCCUGCAAUGCCACUUAUGGGUAAGUGACCAAAGAGACCACUCUGUGCCAAGCCGACUGUGCCUCAUUUACCCCCUCCUCUUGUCUCCAGUCUCCUGGGGCAGGAGGCAUGGAGAGCCUUGAGUGCCU